AUGGCUACAUUUACGCGCCAGCCCUUUGCCGAGAUCGGUGCACCGCGACUCCAGGCGCUGCAGAGUGCGAAGAACAGGCAGAACGCCAUCGCACCCAACUUCGCGUCUCCCUUGAAGCCCACCACGACUCCCUCAACAGGCAAGCGCCAACGCGCGCCUGACAUUUACGAAGAUGGCGACGCGGAGAACCUCGACCCCUCGCUCUUCAAUUCGCCGACCAAAAAGUCAAAGUUCAGCAGCGAUGCGGGCUUCGUAAAGCCAGCCGCCUUCUCGCUGUUCACCACGUCGCCGGUCCAGCCUAGUCCAGUGCCGACCAUUCGCAAAGCCCUCUCUUCUCCCAGCACCACCAAGUCAACGCCCAUCACCAACAGCCGCGGCUCCCCAAAGCACAAGCGUAUCCACGCCAUCUCCAAGCACCGCCGUGCAUCCAGCUCGCCAUUCCGACGCGUCGACCCUCCCUCGUUCAACCAAAGCAGUCCCGCCCUCCCAUUCAGCAUCGACGCAGCCCUCAGCGGCACCAUCCAGGGCUACACGCCCAAGCCUGCCGUUACCGCUACACCCAUCUCCGCACCCGCACCCGCACAGCAUGUCUCCACGCUGGACGAGAGCAUGCCCAAAGGCUGGUUCUUCGAGAUCCACGAAGACACGCCCGAGCAGGAAGCCGCCAAUCUAAUGGAGCACUCUGCUUCCGUGCUGGACAUCUCUUCCGACGACGACGUCGAGACCAAGAAGCGCAACCAGGACCUCGAGCGCGGCAAGGAGAACAUCCCUCCUCCUGACUUCUUCGUUGCCCAGCCGCGCGUUCAGGCCUUGGAGGCAGAGGGCGUAGAAGCAGAGCUGCAGAUUGAGGAACCAGCUAAGCGCCCUCGUCUUCGGCAAUUCGUUCAGGAUGCCAUGGAUGAGGAUCGCAGGCCGCUGGGUGAUUUGCCGCCGAGCGAGUUCUACGGCGAGGGAUGUGAUGCGUCGUCGUAUGUUACUGUCGACACGGGCAUUGAGAAGCCCUCUAGUCUGUCCAGGGAAUGCGACUUCAACAGCUGCCCGACGCCAGAGAAGGGCAAGAUUGAGGAAGAGGAGGCAGUUGAAGUUGAAGCUGCGCCUCCUGCUACCGAGGACACGGUGCCAGAAACUGCUGAGGACAUAGUCGUCCAUGUGGAUGGAGCUGCCGUCGCUGAGCUGCCUGCUGCUCCUGUUGCCGAUACUCCUUCUACCUACCUAUCAGAACAAGUCCUCUCCAUCGACGAGGCUUUCGCUGCACAACAACCACUAGAGGCAGUAGUCGCCACAUCAUGA